AUGACAGAGGUCGGCAUGGCGCUCAGCUGCGGCCUCGAGAAUGCAGACCGCGUCGACGGCAGCGUCGGCUGGCCGCUGCCCUCCGUCGAGGCGCGGCUGGUCGACUCCGACACCGGCGCCGUCAUCCAGCCGGGCGAGGAGGUGGAGCCGCAGACCGGCCGCGAGCGCUCGGGCGAGAUCCAGCUGCGCGGACCGACCAUCUUCAGGGAGUACUGGCGGAACCCGGCGGCGACGAGCGCCGAGUUCGUCGCGGACAAGGACGGCGGCAAGUGGUUCAAGACGGGCGACGUGGCGGUCCGCAGAAAGGUGGACGCUGCGGGCAAAAGCACGCGGCCGUCGCAGGACUGGACUGGCAAGGGCGACUUGUACUUCAUCUUGGGGCGCAAGAGCGCAGACAUCAUCAAGUCCGGCGGUGAGAAGGUCUCGGCGCUAGAGGUCGAGCGCGAGCUGCUUAGCCUGCCGGAGGUGUCGGAGGCGGCAGUCAUGGCUGUGCCGUCGGGCAAGUGGGGGCAGAAGGUCGGCGCCGUGGUCAUAUUGAACAAGGAGCAUGUUCCGGACGGCAGGUGGACGCCGAUGGACAUGCGGCGAGCGCUGAAAAAUAGGCUUGUCAACUACAAGAUUCCGCAGGUAUUGAGAGUGGUGGACCACAUACCCCGGAAUGCGAUGGGUAAGAUCAACAAGAAGAUGCUAGUCAAAGCUGUUUUCCAAGACGACUUCAGCGGCGACGAGAUGUAA